GGUUCCCGUACGAAGAUCCCAAACACUAAACAGGUGGUCAUUCACCACCACACAGCGCCCGCCGCGAUGAAACGGAACGGUUACCGAUCGUAACUUACACAGAGGCGCCGAGGUGCUGAACCAAAGAUUAUUAAUGCUCUGGACAUCAGAGCACGGGAGCCUUUGAUCCCGAGUUUCCCUUGGAUUCGGGAAGGUCUAAGGAGAGUUGGAGCUAUGAAAGUGACGGUGUGUUUUGGAAGAACUCGGGUCGUGGUUCCGUGCGGAGAUGGCAACAUUAAAGUGCACUCGCUCGUCCAGCAGGCCGCGAUGCGGUACAGGAGAGCGAUCGCCAAGGAUGAAGAGUACUGGGUUCAGGUGUACCGGCUGGAACACGGCGAUGGAGGAAUUCUUGACCUGGAUGAUGUUCUGUGUGAUGUGGCCGAUGACAAAGACAGAUUGGUGGCGGUGUAUGAUGAACAGGAGCCUCAUGUUGGAGGUGACGGCACCAGCGCGAGCUCCACAGGCACACAGUCGCCGGAGCUCUUCUCUGGAGAGCCGUCCACCUCCACCCCACUGUCUGCCUUCCAGCCGUACCUGCCCCACAGCGAGAUAGAGGUCACCACAUCCACGCUUCGAACCAACAUGCCUUUGCAUGUCCGUCGCAGUAGUGAUCCGGCAUUGUUGAACCUGACAGCGAUGUCAUUCUCUGAGCCUGGUUCGCAACCUGAAGAACCUUCCAGAAAAAAUCCUACACGCUGGUCCACAACCGCCGGCUUCCUGAAACCACGUUUCUCUUCCGGCACCAACAGUCUGGAGAGGAAGGGCCGAGGUGUCGACACAUAUCGUAGUCUUCCUCGUGAUGCAGGGCAGUGGUCCAAUCAGAAAGAGUUUCAGCGUGAGAAGGCCCGUUCCUCACUCAGCGCCAAUCAUCCCAUGGUGGACCGCUGGCUGGAGCGACAGGAACAGGAUGAGGAGGAAAACGGUAGGAUAGAGCCAGUGGGACGUGCGGAUAUAUGUUUAGAGCACAUGGGAGUGAGAUCGCUCAAUGAUAUUGUGAAAUUGGUGGAAGUGUCCAAUGACGGAGGUCCACUCGGUAUCCAUGUUGUGCCUUUCAGUGGACGAGACCGCAGGACAUUGGGUCUGCUGGUGAAGCGUUUGGAGCAUGGAGGGAAGGCUGACGUCCAGGGUUUGUUUCAGGAAAAUGACUGCAUCAUUCAGAUCAACAAUGGAGAUCUGCGGAAUGUCCGAUUUGAGCAAGCUCAGAACAUGUUUCGUCAGGCAAUGCAUUCUCCCGUCAUCUUGUUCCAUGUGGUGCCGACCACCAUGAGAUCCCUGUAUGAGCAGAUAUCCCAUAAUGAACACAACCCCAGAGUGAACAUUGACCUUUCUGGACGUUUCAGCCCUGACUCCCUCACAAAUGACCCGGUCGGCCUGGAUCACGCUGCUCACCGAUUGGCCCAGCACAUGCCACACCCACCAAAUAACCAUUUGGAUACCAGCUCUCCCAUCCGUCAUCCUGUUGGCUCAUCAGGGAAACCUCCAUCAGGUCACUCCUCCUCUCCCCAAAGAGGAUUAAGCCCCGCCCCCACAACUGGCUUUACCAAGAAGGUUGGGCGGAGACUUGGAAUCCAGCUUAGAAAAGGGCCUGAAGGUCUGGGGUUCAGCAUCACAUCAAGGGACGUCCCUCUUGGAGGCUCCGCCCCUAUUUACGUGAAGAACAUUCUGCCAAGAGGAGCUGCCAUACAGGACGGGAGACUGAAAGCAGGGGAUAGAUUGCUAGAGGUCAAUGGGGUGGAUCUUAAUGGGCGUGGUCAGGAGGAGGUGGUUUCUCUGCUGAGGGCGACGCCCAUGGGUGGGACUGUGAGUCUUCUGGUAAUGAGACAGGAAGAGUCCUUUCUACCCAGAGAGAUGAACACAGAACCAGCAAUGCAGAACACACGAGAAUGGAAGGUAGAAGAUGAGGAGUUGGUCCUAACACCUGACGGGACACGUGAGUUCCUGACGUUGGAAGUGCCUCUGAGUGAUUCUGGCUCGGCGGGUUUAGGAGUCAGUGUCAAGGGUAAUAGGUCAAAGGAGAGCCAUGCUGACCUGGGCAUCUUUGUCAAGUCUAUUAUCAAUGGAGGAGCAGCAUGCAAGGAUGGAAGGCUGCGAGUCAACGAUCAGCUAAUCGCAGUCAAUGGAGAGUCGUUGUUAGGGAAGACAAACCAGGACGCCAUGGAAACACUGCGCAAGUCCAUGUCAACGGAGGGCAACAAGCGAGGGAUGAUUCAGCUGAUUGUGGCAAGACGAAUCAACAAACGCCUUGAGGGGGAGAGCCGAUGCAGUCCCCGAGGUUUAGAGCGGACCCUGAGCCCGUCUCCUGAUGACCACGAGCGACGGAUCUCACACUCGCUGUACGGAAUCGAGGGGCUUGAUGACAACCUUAGGCCACAUGCCAACACAAGUCCUCAUAAAAUGAAUCAUUAUCAGCUCUCGCCGACGGUCAACAUGCCUCAGGAUGACACAGUCAUUAUUGAAGACGACGGGCCACAUGUUCUCCCCGCCCAGCUGUCUGACCAAUCGUCAUCCAGUUCUCACGAAGACAUGGGUUUCGCUGUGGAGACUCCGCCACCACCACCCUGGAACCAAGAACUUCCAGACAGCUCUUCCAGUGCUAAUGAUGAGGGGGCGUUUCAGAGGGAAGGCUUUGGCAGGCAAAGCAUGUCUGAAAAACGCACCAAGCAGUAUGGAGACGCAAGCCAACUCGAUAUCAUCAAGACCCGCAAGUCCAAGAGCAUGGACCUAGUGGCUGAUGAGAUUAACCUCACACACUACACAGAAAACCACCCAGGCUCUUCCUCACAUGAUGUUGGCCCGUCUCUCGGCCUAAAGAAGUCCAGCUCUCUGGAAAGUUUACAGACUGCCGUCGCUGAGGUGACUCUCAACGGCGACAUGCCUUUUCACCGGCCACGCCCACGCAUCAUACGGGGGCGGGGCUGCAACGAGAGCUUCCGAGCCGCAAUUGACAAAUCGUACGACAGGCCAGCAGCAAAUGAGGAUGAAGAGGAGUGCAUGGACACAUUGGAGGAGGACAAUGAAGGAAGCUCUCGAUCAGGGCGGGAUUCCGUUUCCACGGUAGCUGAUCUCACUCCGCUUCCCGUCACCGAGCAACAGCUUAUCAAUGGCAGUCAGCCUCAAAACGACAAGAAGAAAGAAAAAGGGGGGAAGGACAAAAAGAAGCCAGAGAAAGAGAAGGGUAAAACAAAGAAAGGAAUGCUCAAGGGUCUUGGAGAGAUGUUCAGGUUCGGGAAGAACCGUAAGGACGAGCGUAUGGAUGGUCCAAAGUGGAAGGCAGAGGAAACUCAUGCAUCGGAGGAAGAGACGCGCAGAAUGAGACAAGAACAAGAGAGGAUCCAGGCUAAAACACGAGAGAUUCGUCAGCGCCAGGCCAGAGAGAGAGACUAUGCUGAGAUCCAGGACUUCAGUCGGUCCACCCUGACCUCACUCCCUCCUGAGGAGCCCUCGUACGCUGGCAUCGGCUCGCUGGAACACAGCGGGUAUCAUCGGAUCCACACGCCUCCGGACUCACCAUACACACAUAAACAGAUCGCCCACAACGGACACCCCUCUACAUCAGACAGGCUGACACUCAGCAACCACGACCGAAUCCAGCGCUUACGCCAGGAGUUCCAGCAGGUCAGGCAGGAAGAGACGGAGCCAGAUGAUCGCCACCGUGCCUACAGCUUGGAGCAGCACUGGUGA